AUGUUGGCGUAUCCAUGUAACGUUCAUAGUUCUGAAGAAACCCGUUUUUAUUGCAAUAAGUGCCAAAGAAGAAUAUGUGACGACUGUGUACUCGAAGAAUGUAAAGGCCACCCUUUAGAAAGGGCGAGGAAAGAAGUUGACAUCAAAAGGUCAACAAUCAAACAGAAAUUAGAGGCAAUGAAUCGAGAAAAAUGUCAGACAGUAGAAGGUUUCCGCGCCAAAAUGACCUCUGUUGAAGAAGAUAUUGAAAAGGUUCACAAACGCGCAGAAGAACUGAAACACACUCUUGACGAGAUUUGUCAGAAAACUCUGGAGGAGCUGACGAGGUCAAAAGAAGAAAUGGAAAAACACCUCAAGGAAAUGGAAAGUGAUAUUCAAGAAAAAGAACGAUUUGUCGUGGAGUCCUUAAAGAAGUUGGAUUCAAUGAAUGAAGAUGAAAUAGAAAAGGUAAAUGCUAGGAUGAAAGUUCUAGAAAAUGUUGAUCUUCUUUUCUUAAAAUUGCCACCACCAACAUUUGUAGGGCCUGAUGGGAAGGAUGAUACAGUUCUGAUGAAGACCGUCUUUGGUUAUGUCCAGUCUGGGCGUCAUGAAGAGGCAUUGCUACCUAUGGAGCAGAACGAUUAUAUGCCAAUGAGUCCAAAAUCCUCGGAACUUCCCAAAAGGCCGCAAAAAAUAGACCGUUAUGAAGAAGUGGAGUUGCCCUCAAAGGACGAUACAUAUUUGCUGAUGAAUCCAAGGACACCAGAAGUUCAAAAAGCACCACCAGGAACACAACAUAGUUUGAAAGCCAAAGUAGUCAUCACCUACGAUCUAGGCAUGCUGCCUUACUUUUUUAUAAGUAAAAAUGACGAGUUCUUUGUAACCGACAAAACCAAACUUUUCAAGAUAAAGCCCGAAAAAGAAAAGCAGCUAAAGGAGUUGGUGGAUGCCAACGAUACCAUCAGAGGGAUAGUCGGGUCCAAUGAAAAUCUUAUCCUGAUGACAUCUAGUAUGGUGUAUAAAUUUGAGAUGAAAGGUGCAAAAACAAAACAGUGCCGAUUAUCAAAUUUCGUAGAUCCCCUUGGACUAUUUGUAGCCUGUAUUGGGAAGGCCGUCUCCGGGAAUUCAUUACUGCUUGGACUUAAAAUUACUGGAGACGAGGCGUUUGAACUAAGAAGAUAUCCAAUGGAAGAGAAAGGUUGUGUAGCAUUUGAAAAGUUGGUUCUGCCCAGAGAAAUACAGAUUCCGUUAAUUACUCACGUGGCGGAGAGCACGAAUGGCGAUAUAUGUGCUAUAGUCAAGGACGAAGCUGACUCUUCCUACUUAAUUUGCUUUGACAGCGACGGAAUCAUUCGAUAUAGAUAUCCAAAAGAUGAAAAACGCAAAAGGAAAUUCCUGGGGAUCGGUAUGUUAAGGGAGGGUGUGAUUGUUCUUGCAGACGCUUGUGCUUUAUCGGGAAUCCAUUUUCUUGACAAAGAUGGAUGUCAGUUAUACUUUGAACGAAGGGGGAGAGGAGGACCACUGCCCAUUAGCCUCGUUACUGAUUCCAGUGACGUCGUUUGGGUGGGAUUUGAUGAUGGAACAGUCGAGGAAAUUAAAGUUACCAGAGAGUUCAGCUUUUCAUAA